AUGUGGCACGGAAUCGAUGCCUGUGUGAAAGUGUCCGGCGAGUUGGUAGCAGCCGACCGAUCGAAUUACAGUUUAAUUUCCACAGUCCUGAUCGAGGAUGACCACGAAGAGGACCUCGCUUCUCCUGGGAAUGCAUAUCGCGUUUAUUCUCCUUAUCGCUACUGCAACUGCAAUGGUGGCGGUACCCGAGAGUGCAUCACGAGAGGAGGGGUCAAGACCAACUGGACCGCCACCGCGGAUGCCGAAACAGUUGACAAAACGUUCUUGCAGUGGAUUCAACAAGUCUUCGGGAACAAACCAGGAGUAGUCGUCACGACGCAAACACCGGAGCCUGAAAACCCCCAGAAAUGCCAGACUUGCAAGUGCGGCUUGACGAACAAGAACAACCGAAUCGUGGGUGGGGUGGAGACCCUGGAAAUUCAGUAUCCUUGGAUGACGGCACUGAUGUAUCGAGGCAGAUUUUAUUGCGGAGGGUCCUUGAUCAGUUCUCGAUACGUCCUGACCGCUGCACACUGCGUGGAGGGGUUCCAGAAAAGUUUGAUAACGAUCCGUCUUUUGGAGCACAACAGGAAUACCUCGCAUUCCAGAGUGAUGGAAUACAAAGUGCAGGAAGUCAUUAGACACGGGGCAUAUUCCACGGUGAAUUACAACAACGACAUCGCUCUUCUUAAAAUCGCAGAAGAUCUCAAGUUUUCAGGACCUCUUCGUCCUGUCUGUCUGCCCGAACGUGGAAAAACAUUUUCCGGUGAAAUGGCUAUCGUCACGGGAUGGGGAGCCCUUGAAGAAGGCGGCGUUGGUUCUUCGACCUUGCAGGAGGUCACGGUGCCGAUUCUCUCUAAUGCGGAAUGUCGAGCCACGAAGUAUCCUGCUCGCAGGAUAACUGAUAACAUGCUCUGUGCGGGAUUUACGGAGGGCAGCAAGGACUCGUGCCAGGGAGACAGUGGAGGUCCUCUUCACGUGGUCAACGAAACCGUUCACCAUAUUGCCGGUGUCGUAUCUUGGGGCGAAGGAUGUGCGCAGCCAAAUUAUCCUGGUGUUUAUUCGAGAGUUAAUCGCUUCCUCAGUUGGAUAGAACGCAACACUGCCGAUUCCUGUUAUUGUUGA